AUGUCACGCGGUGCUGUGUUUAUGAACCCAUUACACGAAGGCUUUGGCUUUGACCAUUCUCCCUUUUAUCAUCAUCAUUUCAAACGAUUCCCAAGAUCAGCAUCAUGUCAUAGUCGGUCGUUGUCACCGCAUAUGCGACGAUGUAGCGUGGAUUCGUUGGAAAUACCAUCAAGUUAUGUUCAUGUACAGGAAAGUGUUGGCAAAGGUAAGAGCUGUUUUGGUACAGUGUUUUGUUAUACACAGGGUUACUAUAGUAUAAUAUUAAUUUUAUGUAAAUAUAAAAUCUAGACAUGGAAGUAACUUUUGAUUAUAAACAUAAUACGUUUUAGGCUACUUUGGCAACGUAUACAAAGGAAUAUUACGUGACCCAGUAAAAGGUGGAUAUAAUAAUGUAGCUAUCAAGUCAUUGAAAAGUAAGCUAUAUAACUCAAAAUACAGUUGUUAUAAUACUAAAAGCUAUAAGUUUAUUAUAAAAUACGGUUUCUAAAGAAAGUAUUAAACCAUUACUUUAGAUAUUAUUCAAGAUAUUUAUUUUUGCCAAAUUUACAAAAUAUUACUUUAGGCGAAAUCCUGUACGAAAGAGGUAACGUUGAUGAUUUCCUGAAAGAAGGGUUGAUAAUGAAGAAUCUUGAUCAUCCAAACAUAAUCCGACUAAUGGGUAUAUGCUACUCGAUCGACGGAAUCCCAUCGUUAAUCAUGCCAUUCAUGAAUUAUGGUGACUUGAGGUCGUACGUCUCUGAUCCACAUAGGGUAAGACAAAAGUUUUAAAUUUAAAAGAAAAUUAUUAAUGGCAAGAAUACUAUUUAAAACUAGAGAGGGGAGGAGGAUAGGUAGAAAAGGUAAGAAGUUGACAAAAAAAGGUUUUAAAAGGGGUGGGGGUAAGAUGGUAUUUUAUUUUUUUAUCAACAUAUGGUAAUGUUUUAAUUUUUAAAUCUUUGUAGGUUAGGUAGGGUAGUUUUUUCUCUUUGUUUUGUUAACAAAAAUAUGUUUUUAGACGGUCUGUUUGAUCGAAGUUGUUGAUUUUUCGCAACAAAUUGCAGAAGGUAUGACAUAUCUUUCGUCUAUGGGUAUUGUUCAUCGAGACCUUGCUGCUAGGAAUAUAAUGUGAGUUUUAAAUUUAAUUUUGUUUUUUAAUUAAAAAAAUAUUUUUUUUUGUAAAUUAUGUUAUCUACCUAUCUAACAUUUUUUUUAUUUUUGAAAAUGUUAAAAUUUUGGUAAAAUACGCAUUGCUAUUUCAAAAGUUACAUAUUACUUUCUUUUAGGCUAACCGACUCAUAUACGAUAAAAAUAGCCGACUUUGGACUGGCAGUCGACUUGUCUAGAGACUUCGGCCGUCGUGACCAUGAAAUGUCAUCAGCACCGUUAAGACUGGCUCUGAAAUGGUUGCCUAUUGAAGUGUUGAGGAAUCGACGUUGCGUACAUUCGAGUGUAGAUGUGUGGUCAUUUGGAGUGGUCAUGUGGGAGUUGUUGACACGAGCUUGCCCACCUUAUGAAGAACUAUCCAACUCUGAUUUGGAGUGGUUUUUGCAGACUGGUAAAAGGUUACAUCAGCCUGUGCAUUGUCCUAACAUAUUGUAGGUUUUGAUUUUAGGUUUUUUAUGAAAUUUGGGUUGUUUUGCUGAAAGAAAGUAUAAUGUUGUUCAAAUAAUUCUGUGUUUUCUAAGUUAAAAAAGUUUGCUUGGAGGACAGAAUUAUUUGAACAACCGAAUGGUUAAGAAAACGUUUUUUGGCUUUUGUUUUAUUCUUAGCUAAAUUUUUAAUUACAUUAUAGUAGACUGAUCAUUUUACGAAGCAAAAUUUUUAGAUACGAUAUGAUGUUAGCUUGCUGGAGAUCAAACCCUGUGUCUAGGCCACGGUUCAUUUCUUUGGCCAAACAGCUAGGCACUUUGAUGAACGUAAGUUUAAUUUAAAAUGGACUUUCAGCUUUUCCAAAUUAAAUUAUCAGUUUUACACUUGUAUCAUACUACAAGAUAUGUAUAAGUACACCUUAGAAAUAUGCUUCAUUAUAAAGAUAUAAACAUUACUUUACUUUUAGUGAAGAUUUAUAUUUUAAUUAAAAUGUUCACAUAAUUCUGUGCGUUGCAUUUUUUUGGAGUUAGAAGCACAGAAUUAUUUGAACAACUUAAUAGUUUGUGAGUUUCGAUAAACAAUUAAUACCAAAAUUUUUAGCAUGAAAUAGAGCACGCCCGUCGCUAUGGCAGACAAGGUCUAUACUUCCAGAACAUACCAUGCGGGCAGUUAUAUACAGACUCAUUGCCACUUCGUUACAGUAGUUAG